UAAAUUAGAAUUGGGCUUAAAAAUAAUUAGGUGUAAUUUGAUGAUUGAAUUGUGAUUAAAUUUGAACGGAAUGAAUGAAUAAAUAGAAAAAAUGGUAGGAAUACGCACAUGGAUGAAUUAUAAUGUGUGUGUGUAGGGCCGAUUCCAAUAUAGUAUGAAAUGAAAAGUCGCACCCUUUGAGGGCAGGUUGUUGUAUUAGAAGCGGUGAUGUGGAGUGAGGAGUGUGUGUGUUAAACAAAGAAAGCUGAUUCCAAAUCAGAAAUAGAAGAGAAGAGAAGAGAAGAGAAGAUUAUGGGUUUGAUUUCGAACAGAGUGGAGAGACAUGAGAUCAAACCUGGCGACCAUAUCUACACUUACAGAGCUGUUUUCACUUACUCUCAUCACGGCAUUUUUGUUGGGGGGAGCAAGGUUGUACAUUUCAGAUCCGAGAGAAACUUUAAGUCAAUCACCGAGACAUCUUCGAACUUGGAUGACGAUUCAACAUCAACCCCAUGUCCAACAGUUCCUGAUUGUGGAUUCAGGCAGCCAAACAGUGGAGUAGUUCUUUCUUGCUUAGAUUGCUUCCUUCGAAACGGUUCUCUUUACUGUUUUGAAUACGACGUUUCGCCGACAGUUUUUCUCACCAGAAUAAGGGGUGGCACAUGCACUACUGCAUUACAUGACCCGCCUGAGACCGUUAUCCAUCGAGCAAUGUAUCUUCUUCAAAAUGGUUUUGGUAACUAUGACGUUUUUCGGAACAACUGUGAGGAUUUUGCUAUGUACUGCAAAACUGGUCUUUUGAUUGUAGACAAACAAGGGGUUGGAAGAAGUGGUCAAGCUUCUUCUGUUAUUGGUGCUCCAUUGGCUGCAAUGCUUUCUUCUCCUCUCAAGUUGCUAAUGCCAAGUCCUGUUGGUGUUGCUACGGUAACCGCAGGAAUAUACUGCAUGAGUAGAUAUGCAACUGAUAUUGGUGUCAGAAGUGAUGUGGUCAAGGUAGGAGUAGAAGACUUGGCUGUGAACUUGGGAUGGACUUGUUCUGAUGAGGAGCUAGUUGAACUUGAAGAUGAAACUUCAGACAGACAGAUUGUUAUCACAUGAUUUAGCUAAAGAUAAUCAUCCUAGUGGCUUUGUGCAAAUGAAAACUUAUGCUGGUGUUAAUGUGUUAUUCUAAGUUGUUACACUGGUUAGUUAAUUUGAUAGCAGAUAUGACCUUCAUUUUACAUCUGCUGUUCUACUAUUACUAUAUAAGACUUUUUUCUUUUUAUUUUUCCCUAUAUCCCUUAAAAUAAUAAUCGUGUGUCUAGUUACUCAGGUUGUGCAUGGAAGUUGUAACUAAUAAUGAUGUUUUAUGAUAAGAUCAAAUUAAUUGGUUCUCUAUGGGGGAUGGUAGAGGCAUUUCUUUUGGGUGUGAUCCGUUUAAUAAGAUAUUACCUACGAAGGAAAAUCUUGUUAAGCAUGGGAUGCUGCUAUCAAGAUUUAAUUUAUGUGUAAGUAGAUUUGGUUUGGAGAAAACUAUUCAAAAUCUGUUCCUUGAA